GUGGGACUGGAGGGAUGGGGUCGAUGCAUUGUGUGAUAAGGUUUUCAUUUUCCUUGUAUGUUGGGGACAAUGUUCAUGAGUUUCUUUUUCAGGUUGAGAUCUACCCUUUGAAGAUACAUUUGGCUGAGACAAUGUACAAAAUGAUGUGGGAGUACCUUUUUCCAGAAGAAGAACAAGACUCCCACCGACGGCAGGAAGUCUGGAAAGUUUCAACUAGUGCUGGUUUAAGACGUGGAAAGAAAGGCUCAUCAGCACUUGAAGCUCCAGCGGCCACCAGCCCCUUAACUAAAGAAUCCCAUGGCUCUUCCAAAGCAAGCACCCCCUCGGUACCACAACCUUCCUUCGCAGAUUCAUCUGAUGGGCCCAAGUUACGAAGGACAGCUUCCUUUGAUAGAACAUGGGAAGAAAAUGUUGCUGAAUCAAUUGCUAAUGAACUUGUAUCAAAAGUUCAAUCUUCGGGCACCUCUACGUCAAAGGGUGGUUUGGAGCUUCCAGAUGACACUGUUAAAAAUAAAUCAAAAGAUUCCAAACUUGUUAAAUCUGGGCGUGAGGAGAAAAAGGCAGUGAAAGCACAUGAUGAAAAAAGGCCCCGGAGAAUGAGAGAGUUCCAGAACAUUAAGAUAAGCCAGGUAGAGCUUUCGGUGACAUAUGAAGGAUCCAGAUUUGCAGUAAGUGAUCUAAGAUUGCUUAUGGACACAUUUCAUUGUGCUGAGUUUACCGGAACCUGGGGAAGGCUAUUCUCACGAGUUAAGAAACACAUCAUAUGGGGAGUAUUGAAAUCCGUCACCGGGAUGCAGAUUAAGAAGUUCAAAAUAGGAAAAGACCACAGCCAAAAGGACAGUGGUGGCAAUGGUCCUGCCAUAGAGCCCAACCACAGCGAUAGUGAUGGAGGUUUAACUGCCGGGACAUCGGAGCAGCACCCACUGUCGUGGCCGAAGCGCCCUAGUGAUGGGGCAGGGGAUGGAUUCGUAACCUCUGUGAGAGGCCUUUUUAGUUCCCACCGCCGUAAGGCAAAGAACCUUGUUCUUCGAACAAUGAGGGGGGAAGCAGAAAAUGAUUUACAUGGUGGAGAGUGGAGUGAAAGUGAGGCAGAGUUCUCUCCUUUGGCUAGACAACUAUCUGGUUCAAAGGCCCGGAGAUUGAUCAGGCGGUACACCAAGAAGUUUAACCCCAAACUGCAUAAAGGUUCAUCGACUGUGGACGUAGAAUCAAUUCCAUCAUCACCAAACGAUGCAAUGUACGACAGUGAUGCUUCAAGUGAAUCUUCGCCAUGCGAGGAUUACCAUGAAUUGGAAUAGGAAAUCUUAGUGAUAUUAGUAGCAUGUUGUUGGUGAGUAGUCAUAUGGAGCCAAACAGAGUCCAAUGUAGAGUUUGAUGGCUUAUGUGGUCGGUAGGCCCCUUUUAAAAAAUGGUGAUUCUAAUGUCACAUAAGCCAUCCGGGCUCCGUAAGGGAAUAAUGUGUGAUUCCUUGAAAUUUUGGUAUUGUUGAUAAAUGAUAACAAACCAUUUGGAAAGAUACAAUCAUACAAAUG